AGGCCAUGAGCUCUCUGAUUCUCUCUCUCUCUCUAAACUCUAAACUCUCCACUUUUCUUCUUCAUCCAUUUUCUUCUUUAAAAUCCAUAAAUUAAUGCUUCAGUUCUCGCGAGGUUCGUUGUUCUUGUGCUCAGUGAUUACGCCCACCUUCCCUCCAUUGCUUCCACAACACAGCCCAUCUCUCAUCUCAUGAUAUUCACACCUUGCCGCUCAUAAAUCCUACCCCAUCACUGUUCCCUCCAACGCCAAGAUCCAUAAUCUCCAAAUCCUGCUCUUCUGAAUCCCAACUUUACUUCUCCAAAUGAUUCAGCUAUUGUUCACCGUUAUUGUAACGGAGAUGGUUCUCAUAUUGUUGUUCUCGUUCAAGACCCCAUUGAGGAAGCUCGUGAUCUUGACCGUGGAUCGGGUGAAGCGCGGACGCGGACCAAUUAUGGUCAAGAGCGUCGCCGGGACUGUUCUUAUUGUUCUCAUAUCGAGUGUUUAUAGUAUGCUGACAAUCCAGAAGCGUUGGAUCGAUGACGGUGCUGUCAACCCUACCGAUCAGGUUCUCAUGGCCAAACACCUUCUCGAGGCCACGCUUAUGGGGGGCUCUCUAUUUCUGGCACUUAUGAUUGAUAGAUUACAUCAUUAUAUGAGAGAGUUGCGUAUACGGAGGAAAGGCAUGGAAACUAUCAAAAAGCAGAGCAGAAUGGUGGAGGAUGGGAAGGUUAGCAAGUCAGAGGAGAUCAAAGCGUUGGAAGAAGAGAGGACCACUCUGCAAACAAAGCUCAAGCAGUUGGAAUUGGAACUUGAGACUAAGACAAAAGAUAUAAGUACUUCUGAAGCCAAUGUAGUUGCUCUAAGGAAGCAAUCUGAAGGAUUACUGCUCGAGUAUGACCGUUUACUUGAGGAAAACCAGAACCUCAGGGGCCAGCUACAAUCUGUGGAUCACAGAUUGUCUCGAUCGGGAAGCAAGAAGAAUUCAUAAGGAACCCUGUAUUGCGUACUGCAUUCUCACUUCUUCAAGUUUUGCGCUUCGUUUUCACCUCAUAUUGUUUAGGACCUGGGUAUUCCAUGAUGGGUUGCUGGUGGCUGUUUACUUCUAUAUGCACAAUGGCAAGGGAAGAUAGGGUUUUGGUGUGUUGUUUAUAAUUAAAGUAGAAGCAAAAACAGUGAAACAAGAAUGGAAUCUACGCUGAAAAAAAAUUGUGAUAAAUUCAGGUUUGUAAUGGAAAAAACACCUUCACUUCUGUCA